GUCAACUCGUGUCCUCUUUCAUGCUGAUGUUGGGUCCGGGAUGACACUUGGUGUCGCGUGUUUGGAGCACAGCACGGCACCAUCAUCAUCAUCACCACCACCACCACCACCACCACCGGUCCUGGUGUUGGGCACGGGUGUCCCUUCCCACGCAUUAUCAUCCACUCGACCAGGCGCGAGACUCCGAUCUUGUGGUCCAGACGCUGCGUUGUCUGCCCAACGUGACCAGGUGCUUGGGCAACAAACAGAGCUGACGUCAAAGGUUCCACCACCGUUUUGAACGUUGCUCGACACCAACGGAACCCGCCGCGGCUUGCAAAGGCUGGUGUCCAGCUCAAGACCAAAGUGCCAAGAUCUUGAUCUUGGGCCCUUGCAUUUGCUCGCGUCCUUUAGAUCUUGAGAGUGGUGACAUAAUGGCAGACGAAGCCGAUGUCAGUGUGCAGGCGCUCAAGUCACGCGUUGCUCAAUUAGAGAGUGACCUGCGCGUGAGCCAAUUCACCAUUCAACAACUCGAGGCAGAGAAUGCUGCCUUGACCAAGAGCCUUGGAGAUCCGCAACAACAUCCCACCGGCCAUGCCAAGAAGAAGAAGAAAAAGGGCGGCAAGAAACUUAGCGGGGGUGCUCGCACCAGCAACGAGGGCCUUCGCGCAGCCGGCGCAUCCUCUGCGGUGACCACCGAGGCGGCAGGCAUGGAGCCCGUCACGUACGAGGCCAUUUUGGAGGCGUUUCCCAACAUCCGCCUCUCCGAGGUUCUACGCGCCGAAAAGAGCUUUUCCGAGGCUGAUAUCAAUUCGGAUGGUCUCAUUGACGUGGCCGAACUCGACAAGUGGCUCAGCAAGGAGGGACUCAUCUUCAGCGUCAGCCAAGUUACAGCUAUCCUCCUUACGAUGGACCUCGAUGGCAACGACAGUGUCGACUUUAUGGAGUUUCUGACCGUUUGCCAGUCUUUGAAAAACCCGGAACAGUUUAGCGACGAACACAAGGACAUGGCUCCUACCACGCAGGCAGCCUUUGCCACCAUCCGUCGCAACUUUAUCCCCAACCGGCGCGCCUCCAAAGAGAGCGAUCCCAACCUAAACAAGUCAACCACCUGCUCAAUACAAUAA